AUGGCGGCGCACCCGGCCUCCCCGACCGGCGGCAAGUCCUCCCCCUCCCCGCCGCCGCCGGUGCGCCUGUCCACGGCGCAGGCGCAGGCGGUGGCGGCGAUCCAGCCGAGCUCGCCGCGCUACUUCUUCUCCUCGCUGGCCGCCGCCUCGCCGUCCGCGCACCGCCGCAUCGCCAUCGCCGUCGACCUCUCCGACGAGUCCGCCUUCGCCGUCAAGUGGGCGGUGCAGAACUACCUCCGCCCGGGGGACGCCGUGGUGCUCCUCCACGUGCGCCCCACCUCCGUCCUCUACGGCGCCGACUGGGGCUCCAUCCCCGUCUCCGUCUCCGACGACGACGACGAAGCGCCGCCGCCGCCGGCCUCCGACUCCGACCCCUCCUCCGAGGAGGACGCGAUGAAGAAGAAAAAGCGGGAGGAGGACUUCGACGCCUUCACCUCCGCCAAGUCGCAGGACCUCGCGCAGCCGCUCGUCGCCGCGCAGAUCCCUUUCAAGAUCCACAUCGUCAAGGACCACGACAUGAAGGAGCGCCUCUGCCUCGAGGCCGAGCGGCUCGGCCUGUCCGCGAUGAUCAUGGGCAGCCGCGGGUUCGGCGCCUCCCGCAAGGGUGGCAAGAGCAGGCUCGGGAGCGUCAGCGACUACUGCGUGCACCACUGCGUCUGCCCCGUGGUUGUCGUGAGGUACCCUGAGGACGCCGGAGCUGCGGGUGCUGGGGAGACUGAUGAGCUGCGGACGGUGCCUGAGAAUGAGGUCGUCUUCCACGAGGCGCCAGAGGGGCAGAAAGAAAACUAAGGUAAUAGCAAGCACGGAGCAGCUAGAUCACUAGGAGAGAAAGCAAGAAAUUUCUUGAUGCCAACCCCUCUGUAACUGAGUGAUCGCUUGUCUGUUCCACUAUGCUUUGCACUUUGAGUUCGUAUCAGACCUGUAGAUCGUGGACGAGUCCUUGUUGUUUCGCUUGCUGUGAAUUGAAACUAGAAUAAUGUAUUUCUGCAGA